AUGCGAGAAAUCAUAGCAGCAUUCACACAAAUUUUCGUAUGUGUCUAUAUGAAUUCUGACAGCUGGGUUGAAGAAAGGACCUUGUUAUGAACCCUUACAAUUUUAUUUUACUAUAUUUCUUCAAUAUUACUCAAAAAGCACUCAUGGCAAAAGGAUGAAAAAAUUUGUCUGAUUCUUGGGCUUGCUACUUUUGCUCUUUUUUCGGGAUUUCUGCUUACUCUUGAUUGUGAGGUAUAUAGCGUAUUUAUAUAAAAAAUUAAAAAAUAAUUUUUUGUUAUAGAUUAUGAAUUGUUAUGUGGCAUGAUAUUUAAAAAAAUAUAAAUUUUAUAACCAAAUCCCUAAAUUUAUUAUUAGUAAAAUACAAGAAAAAUUAUUAAUAAAUUUAAAAAAAAAACCUCAUAAUAUAUUAAAAGUCAUCUCAUAGAGGGAGAUUUAGUUAUUGUUCAGCUGUCGACCAUUGGAUUAUCUUUUUAGCGACAGCACUCGUAGACAUCAUAGUAGCAGUUUUACAAUUUUGCCCUCCUCUCUAUCUUGAUAACCAUGGCUUAUCAGGAAACUUCAGACUGCUCCAUGGAUUUUUAUUAGUCAUGAUGUCUUCAAUGGUAUUGACUGGUAAACUGUCCUUUAGGCUAGUUCUCGAUAUGGUGCCUUCUCAUUUAUCCUGGCAGACAUGAGGAUUAAUCAAGGAAUGCCGCUCCUCCAGAGAUGAUACCAAAAAAAGUAUAGUAAGCACAGCAAUUAUAUUAGGAAAGCAUGGGUGUUUUAAGAUGAUUGUGCUGUUUUGCUUGUUUUCUGACUUAUAUAUAGCAAUAGAUAUGGCCAGUUAUUCAAUUUCAAGAGGGUUGCCUCUACUACUUAUUCCAUGGCAGAUUCGGAUUUCUUAUAAGCUGAAAUAUAUGAAAAUAGGAUCGUUAAGUGCUGAGGCUUUUGCAUAUAUGAUUGCAUUUUGGAGGGUUAUUUUUUAUACAGAAAUUUAUUCAAAAUUAACGGUUUUUGCAGAGAAAAUGUCUGGCUACCCAAAAUUUUCUGUAAUGUCGCCUAGAAUUAAUUUAAAUGCUAAAAGUUCAGGAUAAGCAAUAUGCAACGAUUGUAUUUAAUGCUUUAAUUGUAUUAGGAAUAGCUUACAAAUAG